UCAGCUCUGCCACUUUGACAUCGCAGUUACUGAAUUCACAGCAAAUGUUUUGAAAGAUUUAAGAUUUUGAGGGUUGAGGUGAUUGCCCGUCCGCGGCUCGAAUCAGAUAAUUCAGCCGCUAACUUUGUGCUGAGUGUAAGGAGGAAGGAGGACGGCUUGGAGGGAGUAGAAUAGGAUGUAGAAACCUAGGCAGAGUGCACAUACUUGAUUAUUUAAUGUCUGUUGCACUCGAGGUUUACAGGGAUGGCCAUUACGGGUUUGUUUGUUUGUUUAAUUAGACACUUGUCUAUUGACCAUUUUUCCUGACUGCUAAACGAAUUCCUAAAGUUAUUUAUUUCCAAAUAGCGUUAACAGUCUCCACUAAGAAAACAAUAUCUAGGAUUAAAUAUUCAAAGGAUACGCAACACCUUUGUGGAGAAAUUAUAAAUAAAUGGGAAAUAACCAGGCCUACAGAUGGAAAGACUGAAUACAGUAAAAAUGAUGCUUUUCUUCCAAGUUAAUAUAUUUUAUUUAUUUAUUCAUAAGAGACAGAGAGAGAGGCAGAGACAUAAGCAGAGGGAGAAGCAGGCUCCCCGCGGUGAAUCUGGUGCAAGACUCAAUCCCAGGACCAUGGGAUCACCACCUGAGCCGAAGGCAGAAGCUCCAGCUACCUUCAGUUUGUCUCCUAGAGUUGAGCCUUAUGCUACCUCUGACUUUUGAGGAUGUUGCUAUUUAUUUCUCUGAGCACGAAUGGCCGAAUCUAGAGGCAUGGCAGAAGGAGCUUUACAAGCAUGUAAUGAGAACCAAUUAUGAGAUUCUUGUUUCUCUAGAUGGCAGACUUCCCAAACCAGAACUAAUAUCCUGGAUUGAACAGGGGAGAGAGUUCUUCAAGAACUGGGGAGAAUCACAGAAAUCAGGAAACAUAAUUUGCCCUUCUGCUGAUUUGCAAUUUGAUCCAGUUAUCGGGGGACAUCUGCUUUGGGGAAGCCAACAAGCUGUGAAUUCCGUAGAAGCUAAAUGCCUUUUCCAAGUAGAUCCACUAGAGGGCCAGUGCUUCUCUAAACCUUCAGGAGGAGUAGGAGGAGGUAUUUCCUUCAGGCCUGACCAAAGCGUGGCCCUCAUGAACCCACACAGACAUGAUACGCAGGCUCCAUUUCCAGUAGUCCACAGUUCCAGGGAGCCUACCCAAAGAGAAGGAAUCUCAAGUCCUAGAACUCUGGGUCUCCCUGGCUUCCAGGAAGUUCCCUCCUGGGAGGGCACCCAGCACCCUUGUGCUGUCUGUGGAGAAAGCUUUUGGAAGAAGGACCACUUAGAGAAGCAUGAGGGGAGCCACCUGAAAGACCAGCCACGUAGGUCCUGGAAGAAGUUACGCAAACAAGCUGAUCCACAGCAACAGCGGAGCCUCCCUCAGUGUCAGAGGCGCUUCCCAUGUCACGAUUGUGGGAGGAGCUUCCGCCUGAAGCAGUAUUUGCUUAGACAUCUGGCUGUCCACGCAGGGAAGAGUCCCCUGCAGUGCCCUGAAUGUAAAAUGUGCCUCCCGCACAAGCAGACACUUCUCAGCCACCGCCUGUGGCACAAGGAGAGGCCUUCCCAGGGCCCCGGAUAUGACAAGAGCGGUCUCCCAAAGAGCAGCGUGCAGGCCCCGCCCAGCCAGCCCAGCGGGGAGAGGUCAGUCUGCGGUGGAGAAGGCGAGGGGGCCCUGUCCGGGGAGGCUGAGCUGGCCCGCGUGCCGUCGGGAGGGAAGCCAGACCCCGGAUGGGCGGGUGACGAGUGCCGCCACGCCGAGAGGCCCGCGGAGGCCCUGCAGCGCCGCCCCGAGAGGCCGUUCGUUUGCGUGGAGUGUGGUAAGCGCUUCACCGCACGGUCCAGGCUGGCCAUCCACAGCAGGAUACACACGGGAGAGAAGCCCUUCCAGUGCCCCGAGUGUGACAAGAGUUUCCGCCUGCGCGGCCUGCUGAGGGCCCACCAGCGUGCGCACGGUGGCGAGAGUCCGUUCUCCUGCAGGAAGUGUGGCAAGGGCUUUGCCAAGCAGUGUAAGCUCGCGGAGCACGCCCGCCUGCACAGCGGGGAGAAGCCGUUCUGGUGUGCGGCUUGCGGCAGGAGCUUCCGCCAGAGGGGCCAGCUGCUAAGGCACGAGCGCCUGCACACAGACGAGAAGCCCUUCCAGUGCCCCGAGUGCGAACUGAGCUUCCGACUGAAGAGCAUGUUGAGGGCACACCGGCUGUGCCACGGCGGGCAGAGGCCAUUCUCCUGCGCGGAGUGCGGCCGUGGCUUCACGCACCAGUGCAAGCUCCGCGAGCACCUGCGGGUGCACAGCGGGGAGAGGCCCUUCCAGUGCCCCGAGUGUGACAAGAGCUUCCGCCUGAAGGGCAUCCUGCAGGCGCACCGGCGCACGCACAGCAAGGAGCGGCCCUUCUCGUGCGGGGAGUGCGGCAAGGGCUUCACCCGCCAGUCCAAGCUCACCGAGCACUUCCGCGUGCACAGUGGGGAGAGGCCGUUUCAGUGCCCUGCCUGCGACCGGAGCUUCCGCCUGAAGGGGCAGCUCCUGAGCCACCAGCGCCUGCACACCGGGGAGAGACCCUUCCAGUGCCCUGAGUGCGGCAAGAGCUACCGAGUCAAGGCGGACAUGAAGGCGCACCAGCUGCUGCACGGCGGGGAGAUGCCCUUCUCCUGCGAGUGCGGCAAAGGCUUUGCCAAGCAGUCCAAGCUCAUCGAACACGUCAGGACGCACACGGGGGAGAAGCCUUUCCAGUGUCCCAAAUGUGACAAGAGCUUCCGCCUAAAGGCCCAGCUGCUCAGCCACCAAGGCCUGCACACCGGGGAGAGGCCUUUCCGCUGCCCCGAGUGUGGUAAGAACUUCCGGGAGAAGGGACACAUGCUGCGGCACCAGCGCAUCCAUAGGCCUGAGAGGCCGUUUGCCUGUGGCGACUGUGGGAAGGGCUUCAUUUAUAAGUCCAAACUCGCGGAACAUGUCCGAGUGCACACAAAAUCCUACAGUGCUCCCAGUGAGCCUGACAUUAAGAAAAGGCUUAGCCAGCUGUUUGCAAUGAUAGAGGCUGACUGGAGUUGAGGCCAGGUAGGGCAUCCAGAGCCUUCAGCAGAGUUGAUGUUGCCGCCUGGGAAGCCACAGCAGCCACGGCCAGACCAACUAGGGGACAGAGUUUAGGAACAGAGGUCCUUUUUUUUUUUUUUUUUUUUUUUUAGCAAGAGGGUGACCUGAGUUAGGAAUUUGGGAAACCGUACAGCAGGAUUUUCUUUUCUUUUUUUUAUUUAUAAUAAAUUUAUUUUUUAUUGGUGUUCAAUUUGCCAAUAUACAGAAUAACACCCAGUGCUCAUCCCGUCAAGUGCCCACCUCAGGGCCCGUCACCCAG